AUGAAAUUUAAUAAACUAAUAUUUAUUGAUCAUUUGAACAAGAUAUUAAUUUAUUUUAAUUUUCAUUCAUGGACAAUCCAUAAACUGCUCCUGCAUGACCAAUUAAAUUUUCUACGCAGGACCAUUAUUGUGGAUACAAUUCAAAUUAACUCCAAAUUUUUAUAAUACUUUCAUAGUGUCCAGUCACGACCUGAUCCUCUAGUUUGGAGAUGCACAUACAAAGGGUAGAACCUGAAUUAGCUUAUAACUUUUAAAUGUAUUUAGAUUUUGCUAUCAUAUUGA